GAGGGAUAUUGACAUUUUUAUCUGCUGUACUCAGACGGGUAAACAACGAAGCAGGUUGUUGGAAGGUCGCUGCUGUGAGCCUGGCGGAAUCACUUUCCCUUUAUUUUCCUAGCCUCCUGGUGAACCCAAGAUCUGCGGGAGAUCACAGGCGGGAUGUUCAGCGAUCCAACAGCAGAGGGUUACAGCGGGAGGGGAUAUCAGGGUUGGAAACAUGGUGGAAAAACUGGAAAAAGAUCUGAGUCGCUGACAGAAGAGGAAGAUGACACGUCAGGACCAUCAGACCACGGGAGCGGGGAGGGUGUGUCAGUGGCAGCCACCUCUCUGCUGGGCUUCCUCAGCUCUCCUUCUGGGAACUACAGCCCGUCACCUGGGGGGCCAUUCUCCGCCUUAACACCCAGCAUGUGGCCGCAGGACAUACUGGCCAAGAUAGCUCAGACGGAAGACUCGGAAGGCCAACCCGAGUUCAGAUAUGAUGAAUUUGGCUUCCGUGUAGAGGAGGAAGAUGCUGCAGAGCCUAUGUCCAACAAGUUACUGAGCACCCCGCUGACAGAGGAUCCACAGAACAGGCUGAAGUGGCAGGCCUACCUGGAGUUCACACAUAACCACGAGGUGGGCGAUCUCACGUGGGACAAGAUCGAGGCCACGCUACAGAAGUCUGAGAAACUGAACCAGCUGGCGAUGUCAGGCAUCCCCCACAGCAUGAGGGAACAGCUGUGGCUCAGGUUGUCUGGGGCUCUACAGAAGAAAGUGGGAAGUGAGACAUCAUACAAGGACAUAGUAAAGGCUAGUUCAGAUGACAACUCCCUGACAGCCAAGCAGAUAGAGAAGGACCUGCUGAGGACCAUGCCCAGUAACGCCUGCUUCUCUGACAAGGGCAGCACGGGCAUCCCCCGGCUCAGGAGGAUACUGCGGGGCCUGGCCUGGCUGUACCCGGACAUCGGCUACUGCCAGGGCACCGGCAUGAUUGCUGCGUGUCUGCUGCUGUUUAUGGAGGAAGAGGAAGCAUUCUGGAUGAUGUGUGCCAUUGUGGAGGACCUGGUCCCUGCAUCCUACUUCUCUUCAUCCCUCAUUGGUGUACAGGUAACCAGCAUUCUGUACAUGCCGCGUACGCUCCACUGGUUCCAGAGAGCCUUCGCCAGCGUGGUGCACAUCAAGCUCCUGCUGCGCCUCUGGGACCUCUUCUUCUACGAGGGCUCCAUCAUUCUCUUCAAGAUCACCUUGGGCAUGCUGAAAAUGAAGGAAGAAGAACUGUGUGAGCUGGAGAACUCAGCAGCCAUCUUCAACGCCUUGUCAGACAUUCCAGGGGACAUACAGGAUGUUGAUGAACUCAUAGAGAUGGCCAUGCAGACAUCAGGCUCCCUGACAGACGUGGUGUUGGAGGCUCACAGGAGGAAACACCUGGCCUACCUCAUGGCCGACCAGGGACAGAUCAUCAACCCUGACACGACUGCAACUAACCUGCCUAAACAGCAACUUGUGAAAAGAAGACUUUCUAGAAGUAGAUCUUUCAUUGGGUCAUUACUAUUUGGUGAAGAGGAGCAGUCAGAAGUGGUGAAGGCCAAAAACAUCAAACAAACAGAAAUGGUGUCCAACCUGAGAGAAGCUAUCCUACAGAUAGCCAAACACUUCCAGUCCAUAGAUCCAAAGAACUGCAAUGUAGACCUGCAGGCAGACUACUCGCUGGAGAGCCACAAACAGGACCACGAGAACUUCGUCAACGUGUCCCGCAACAGGAGGAGACGAGCCAAGGCCCUGCUGGACUUCGAGAGGCACGAUGAUGAUGAGUUAGGGUUCAGGAAAAAUGACAUCAUCACUAUUAUCUCUCAGAAGGAUGAGCACUGUUGGGUGGGAGAGCUGAAUGGCCUGAGAGGGUGGUUCCCAGCCAAGUUUGUAGAGCUGCUGGAUGAAAGAAGUAAACUUUACACAACAGCUGGGGAUGACCAAGUCACAGAGGCAAUCACAGACCUGGUCAGAGGAACGUUAUGUCCAGCGUUAAAGAUGAUUUUUGACCACGGUUUGCGACAGCCGUCCAUCCUGGGGAGAACCUGUCACCCCUGGUUAUUCAUCGAGGAGGCUGCUCAGAGAGAAGUGGAGAAGGACUUUGACUCAGUUUACUCCCGACUGGUACUGUGUAAAACGUACAGGUUGGAUGAAGAUGGGAAGGUGUUGACUCCAGAGGAGCUGCUCUACAGAGCCGUGCAGUCUGUGAACAUGACUCAUGACACAGCACAUGCGUGUAUGGAUGUGAAGUUUAGAUCAUGGAUCUGCUAUGGACUGAAUGAGCAGGUGCUGCACCUGUGGCUGGAGGCGCUGUGCUCCUGCGACCCUGCUGUGGAGAAGUGGUACCACAGCUGGUCCUUCCUGCGCAGCCCUGGAUGGGUGCAGAUCAAGUGUGAGCUCAGACUUCUGUCCAAGUUCUCCUUCAACCUGUCCCAGGACUGGGAGUUGCCCAACAAGAAGGAGGCAGCCCCAACAGUGUCCCAGCCGCUGAAGGAAGGUGUGCGGGACAUGCUGGUCAAGCAUCAUCUCUUUAGCUGGGAGUUGUGAGCAACUGAUGAUGUCAUGCUUCCCAUCACGCACCAGGCUCCUGCUCUCCCACAAUGGAUCGACUAGGUUUUCUUGAUUACGCUUUUCAAUUGUAAGCCGCAUACUGGUCCGGUUAACUUCAUUCUGCUUCAAGAGCGGGAAGAACUCCAACAGAUACAUCAACAGACAUGUUAAAAUCUUUUCUGUUCAAAACUGAGACAGCACAAGUUGAAAUCUUCCCAACUUGAAAUGGUCAUGUAAAAUAACUUCCAGUUAGAGCUUUGUACAUUAAGAGUACCUGUGAGCAUGCCAUGUAAUUGGCUGACAAUUGUAUGUUAAACAGCUGUCUGACUAACAUUCUCUACGGUAGAUGUUCCAAGGAAUCACAACAUUCCAUACUUGUGAGGUAGCUAUAUGUAUCUCGAAACUAUAUGAAUUCUGUAUCAUGUUGGUGACCUACCAGUAUAUACGCAUAUAGCUAAGUUAUGUAAAAUAUGUCAGUGUUAUAAAUUAAUUGCACUCUUCAGUGUCAUACCAAAAUUCCAUUUGUGCUAAUCUAGCCUGUUUUCAGGUGCUCUGUAGUCAUAACUUCCAGAUUUCCAUGAUUGUAACCCAGCUACAUGUAUAGAAUAAUAAUCUUACAGUUUUGGGAAUAGCUAAUGAUGUAUACAGAACUCAGAAUAUUACACAGUAUUUGUUUCUACUAUAGCAGUUAGGUAAUCUUAUUAUAUGUGUCAUUUGAUAUAUAGAAAGGAUUUGACCACUUAGCUUCUAACAAUGUUACUGAAAAAAAGCUUCCCUCUCCCUUUGCCAAAGAGAUGUCCCCAUAGUUAGAUAUGACAUGUAAAGCAUUCAAUGUUUGCUUCCUUUAGUUAACAACAAAAAGAUUGUAGACAGCUUUAGAAGCAGGUGAAGAUGUACAUAUUUGUAUGUUUUUUCUUCUUUUUUUUUCUUCUUAGGCCACGUUGAUU